CUUUAUGGUCUUGUGUGCUACCGAGGUCGGAACACCCCAGAGGACAUAGCAGGAAAGUUCCAUAAAUCAAGGAGGGACUGUAUCUCUGUGGGAUAUCAGUUCUAACUCCGAGUCAUUAAACUUCUGGAACUACUGACUCGCAGAAAAAGUUUCAUUGUCCUCAAUCGACUCAUUCAAGAUAUGCCUAGGCAAUCAUAGGAAGUUAUUAGGAAACAAUUAACAUAGAUCUCAAGCCUUCUAUCCUCAGUUAUUAGAUCUGAAAAUUUAAUCGGUCUUUGCUCACUUUUAAUUAUGACGAGGUUUCGUAAUCAAAUAUAAGAAGCCAGUAACUACCAAGAUAUAAUAUCCAAACUCACUUUUCCUUUUAACUGCCGUUCGGUUAGGCAUCGAUACAGCUGGAAUAAACAUACUGCUUUUAGCCAUUUAAGAAGGUAUGUAUACAAUUUCUAAUUUGUAGAAAUUUGUGAGAUAAUGGGAGUAACCAAUUCAAUGGUAAAGCUCGAGAAUAAUAAGAAAAGAUCAAUUUUCAAAGAAAAAGGUAGGAUAAUCAGGUUCGAAAUUAUUCACCUCUAUAGUUCUGAAGGUGACUAAUGUUAGUAGUGGAUAGUUGUACAGUAGAUCAUUUGUGCAAUUAAAAUUAGUCUUCCAACUGUGGAAGCUAAUUCUUAAAGCCUAAUAGAUAUCCUGUUUAAUUUCUGCUUGGAAUUUCCAGUACACAUAUCCAUCAUUCUUGUCUCUCAGAGGAUUUGUCAACAGUGGUCUUUCUUGAUCAUUACAAACUAUGUCACACUACAGUCAGUGAGUAUUGUGUCAUGGGCAUUUAUUUGAAAUCUUCCCUCCUAGUGGUAGGGAGUUUGGUAGAAUAGAGUUUGCUAUUAAGCUUUGAAUUACUGAUAGUAGGACGUUAAGUCUGGCGGCAAAGUCGUAUUGUUGUUAAACAGAACUGUAUAGCUUUUACAUAGAAUGAUCAGCAACCCCACUGUUCUGGUUUCAUAUUGUUUAUAGGAAAGAAUCAAAAAUAUCAGCUUCUAAAGCACACUAUUUUCGAAUAUUAUUUUCCAAAUUAUAGUUUUGGUGGAACUUGCCUUCUUGAUAAGCCGGAGUGUUUGAUGUUAACUGCCCAGUGUUGAAGUUUCUCCCAAUUCUUUGGUGUUUAUCACCACUGCUGGAGGUCUUCAUGGGAAAUUCCGAUCAGUUAGCUUUCAAAUACCCAGGCAAAUCACUCCUUUUACCAAACGGUUCAUAAUGAACUUAAGUUGAUAUUUUGCUGAGGGUUAUUUACUGUCUUCUGUUUUUUAAAGACAGACUAGAAACGGUGUUGGGCAUCUUUUAGAUAAAUAUCACUAUCAAGUCACUAAAUACAGGCUUAACGUUUUCAUCCAUUAGUCGGGCAUGCAGGGGUUUUGGGCCUACUUACUUGACUUCCUUCAAUCGAUUUGCUGAAGAAAUAAUGUUUAAUCGAAAUGUACACAGAUAAUUCAGGAAGGGAUUGGUCAUCGUCCUUUUUGAUUGAUGCAAACUACAAGCAGAGGUUGUUCACGCGGAUACUCGCCUCUUUCCUAGAUAUCCAUUUAGUGACAUAGCACAUGGAGCUAGGGGGCCUUAAUUUUUCUCUCCAACAGCUUGUAGUAUCUUUGCCCAAAAAUACAGUACUCUUAUGGUCAGUUCCACAAGUACACUUGUUGGACUGUAUGGGGCGGAGUCGUUGCUGACUUUUUAGUUCCUUGUAUGUAUAUUUCACAAAUGCGAUGUGUUUCCAUAGCGCAAGACGUUGUAUUAGAAGCUGGUGGGGUCUGAUUUUUUAUUUGAUAUAUGGUUCAUACAUUGAAAGCCUCAUUGUGAGGUUGGUUGUGUUGUUUUAAAGGGAUAAGAAAUCUUCCCUUGGCCUAAGGCAUUAGCAGUGGUCUCAAAGUUAAUUGAUGAAGGAAUAGUAAGAAAAACAGUGUCGCCAGUGAAAUAAAGUAACGAAAUUUUAAAGAAGGUAGGAAAACCAAGUGUGUAGGCUUUCAGUUCUACUCCUACUCAACUGAUCUCUUCAGCACAGUGAAACUUCCAGAAGUAAUCGUUCCUGCUAGUAUAGGUGGUUGUGUCAUCGUAGUAUGAGUAUAAAGGUGUGGUCACCACGUCAGGGUAGUAGCAUCUAGUUUAAGUUGAAUGACACCAGUUACAAAUUUUAUCCAUUUUUAAAUUUUAAGAAGCCAAAUGCAGUAUAAUCAAAACAUUAGCUCAAUUGUCUCAUAUCUGGUAGUUAUUAUACCGUGAAAGGUUUAUUGUUCAAUAAACUGAAUAAUAAGUUGUACGGAGAAUGCAGCGCUUUUAUCACAGGGUCAAAUCCAACUCUCAACUGAAUUCACUUACCCGAUACACAACAUUGAUACGUGAGACUAAGAGUCAUUUAUCGUACAAAGGCUGAUGAUGCUAUCCAAUCUCUGGCAGGCUAAAUUAGAUGGAGCAGGAGUAAAAGUUGUGACCCUUUGGCGGCAAACUGGGCUCGUGUGUCAAUCAAUCACAUCUCCUAGUUCAAGUAAUACAAGAGAAAGCUGAGGAACCAAAAUAAUGUUUAGUUGAUCUGGUGAGAGAGAUUUUCUGUAGGCGUAUAGUCUAAAAUGACCAAAGCUGGUUAAAUAUUUCCACUUGUUUGUUUGAGUUUCAACAUAGAAUUUUGCAGAGAGGUGAAGCACUUCAAUUUACCACACCGCUCACAUAUGACACAAAGGCAGAGGAAAGAGAUUCAAAACAAUUGUAAUGAGCAGGAAUAUGAAGGAUGACGAAUAGUAGAAAAAUGAAUGUUUAGUGGAUACUGGAGAUCAAAAAGUAUGAGUUCAUCUGCACCAUCAAAAAACCCGUUUGAGUCAUAUUACUGGCGGUCUCUAGCCAUUGAUUCUUAACAUUCUGGGGACUCCAACCGGUAAGCUUACACCUCUCUACGUGCCUGGCUUAAACCAACGGUCGAAUUCUCCAUGGACUAAUGCCAGGUUUUAGUUCGACCGUUCCUAACUCGUUUCCAGCUCAAUCCUAUUUGUAUUUAUCUUUAUCUUUUCACCACAGAAUUCUUCAAUGCAGAAUCAAACAUCGACUACAAAUCAGCUAAGCAGCCCAGCAAAACGUGGCUCAUAUUCAGCUUACAAUAAAGGUCAAACGCUAUCGCCUGGUCAAUCACAACAGCAACACCAUCAGUCUCAACAGCAGCAGCAACAACAAGUAUGGCCGUCAUCAUUACCACCGGGUUGGAGGCGUGAAGAACGUAUGCGACCAAAAGGUUUGUGCACCGGGAAAUCAUAUGUUUACUACAUUAGUCCUCAAAACCAAAUUGUUCGUAGCAAACGCGAAAUGCAAACCAUCCUAGGCGACAAUUAUGAUGUUGGUUUGUUCGAUUGGAGAUUGGGAAAAUUCACGCUGAAUCGUCGAUCUAAGCAAUCUGGGGAACAGGCAACAGACGCUUCCUCAGCUAAAGAUAAUCGGUCUUUGCUUUCAAUGAGACGAUGUCCAUAUCCAAUACAUGAAAUUCAACCUGUUAUGGUCCGAUCUCAUCCGGUAUGUAAACGAAUAGAUGGGGAGGAUGGGAAUCAAGAAGCACCUCGUCAAUUAUUUUGGGAGAAACGACUGGCUGGUAAUGUGGCCGUUGAUGCUGAAACUGGUGAACCGUUUAAACCAAUCUCUUUGCCCAGCGGAAUUCAGAGUGCUGGAGUACCUGGUUAUCAACCUUCUCAAUUAGUUCAAAGUUUAGUUCAUGCCUUGACAAAUGAAAAUACUCCAGUCAUUGGUCAGGAACAAGAUCUCUCAGAUAUUGAGAAUGAUCCAUGUGCCACGAUAAAUCCCUCGCAACCAAUGAUUAAAACAUUCAUUGUGACUGAUGAUGAUAUACGCCAACAGGAAGCACGUGUAAGGGAAUUACGAAGAAGACUAGAGAUUCUCAGGCGUAGAUUUACUCCAAGACAUGAUGCCGAACGAGAAGGUUGAUACAAACAAAAGCGCUGCAUAAAAUGACAAUUAUAUUGUCAUUAUGUGUGCUGUUCUCUGUUAAUGCGCUUGUUGUAUUAUAUAUUGUCGUUGUUGUUGUUG